AUGACGUCAAUGUCUCUGGCACCUCUUCUUGAACGUCAUCGUCUCUACCUCCUCCCCCCUAUUCCAUCACUGGAAAAAGGAGAGCUUGUACUAGAGUCUUCUCUUUCUGUCCCAGAAUCCUACACGUGUGAAGAAGUUGUCAAUGCUGGAGGUUUCGGAAAGUUCCAAUGGAAGCUAACAUUUUUGUCCUGCUUUGCUUGGAUGGCGGAAUCGUGUGAACUAAUGGUUCUAUCUCUGUUGGGCCGGUUUUUAGCCUGCGAAUGGAAAAUUACAUCUUUCCAGAUAGCGCUUCUAACGUCAGUAGUGUUUCUUGCAAUGGGUGUUGGAUCUCCGAUAUGGGGGAAAACAGCCGAUAAAUAUGGUCGUAAAAAGGUAGUUAUUGGUACUACCGGCAUUAUUGUACUUUGUGGAAUUCUGACUGUUCUGGCUCCAUCUAUAGGAUGGAUUUUUGCAUUUCGUGGGAUUCUUGGUUUUUUCAUGCACGGCGUGAGCGGGAUAAUGGUCCUGUAUAUGGAAUAUCUUCCCACUAAAUUUCGAGGGAAGUACACGUUGUUCUUCUUCGGUUUCUGGGGUGUUGGUUCGAUUCUUGUAACUGUAAUAGCUAUGGUCGUCAUGACAACGAAAAACUCCUGGCGUCUUGUGUUAUUUAUUUCCGUGAUCCCUAUGGUCUUCUUUCUUAUCUUAUCAAAGUGGUGUCCGGAGAGUGCUCGAUACAUGUUGACUCAUGGUAAAGUCAAAGAAGCAGAGGAUACUAUAAUAAAAAUGGCGGAGGAAAACGGGAUAUCUCGACCAGCUGGGAAACUGCAGAUUCCUUCUGAUAACACAGAGAGAAACUCUUUCAUAUCUCUGAUUAAAGAAGGAAAACAACUUUUUUUCUGUUUAAUUUACUUGUGGUUUUCCAUAUUGUUUCUAUACUAUGGUAUUGUUCUUCUGGCUCCAGAAGUGAUUUCACAUGGUGGACUGCCGAUAAAAAGUGUUUUCUUCGCAUGGUUACUUGUUGAAACUUUGGGGAGACGAAGAUUAAUGUUUAUGUUUUUGUGCUUCUACUCUGUCUCUGUCAUGAUGUUGUUGAUAGACAAAGUGCCACCAGCAAUCCCUCAUAUCUUGCUGUUUGUAGCUAGAGGUUCAAUUGCAGGAUGUGAAGGUGUUUGUGUACUCUACACAAAUGAGAUUGACCAGGAGUCUGCAGAGGAUACCAAUCAGUCACAGGAGAAAGACAACACUGUCAGAUCGAGUCAUCCAGAUCUGCCUGAUUUGAAAGAGGAAGCUGUAGGGAUUUAUCUGGUGGUCUUUGAUACGCAAGAUGAGGAGUCACUGUGA